AUGUGCGCGUGUCGACAGAAAAAAUCAUCGUUUCUUAUAGAUGACAUUCUCGAUGGCGCCGGUCGGAGUGCAAAGACUGUAGAUUAUAAUGUCAACACGAGAUUGGAGGACUUGCAGACGAAAUUCAGCGUUAUUACAGAAGUGCAGAGGGAGUUGGGGACGUCACAAGCGAUGGUGAAUUUGGAGCACAGACGGAACACAUACCCCAUAUAUCCUACGCCGGUAAAGGCGAAUUUCGCGUGGCCGUACAAGUUGAAGAGCUUCGACCAGAGACCAGGGUUGUACAGCGAGCCGGUGUUGAAUUCUGAUCAAAUUCUGCGCAGCCAGCUGUCCAUGAGCAGAUAUGUACCAGCUCCCUAUACUGUACCACAAUACAACUUUGAUAGAGUGCCCUGUUGUAGUCCCUGGUGGGGAGUGGGGGGGCGACGGAAAGGGGGACAAGUGAGAUUCAGCGCGGCACAGACAGGCGCGUUGGAAAGAAGAUUUGGUGCUAGCAAAUAUCUUAGUCCUGAUGAGAGACGAGCUCUCGCGUCUUCCUUGAGAUUAAGUGAUAGACAGGUAAAAACAUGGUUUCAAAAUAGGCGCGCAAAAUGGCGCCGUACAACUUCAGAGUCAGCUGAUCCCGGCAGCCCAGCCAGCGCGGAUGCUUCCGACGACGAUGUACAUAUCUCCGAAUCCUAAUUAUUUAAUUAAUUUUAUUUACGUUAAUAUAUUUCUAGUCCUAUCCA